AUGGACAUUCCACGUCGUUUUUACAUAACCAUUAGUAAUUCACUAAAUCACGGCAUCAGUCUGAUGAUGCCUAGAUCUUUUGCGAAACAUUGGAGACACGAAUUCGAUGAUACAGUACGAGUAAUUGCAUAUGAUGGUAUAUUUGCGACCAUCGGAUUAGAAGAAGUUAGGGGGAAAAUAUAUCUAACUCAUGGAUGGGAGCAAUUUUUCGACCGCCACAAUUUAGACGAUGGUUAUUGUCUGAUUUUUGAGUAUACUGAAAAUUUCACAUUCAACAUAACUAUAAUUGACGAUUUUGGGUUAGAAGUGAAAUAUGACUCAGAUGUUCCAGAAGAAAGUGAAGAAAGCAACAAUUCAAAUACGUAUAGUCCUGUUUUCGAAGUAAAGUUAACACCUCGCCUUCACAGCCAUCAAAAAAUUUAUGUACUAGGAAGAUUUGCCAGGCAACAUUUGCCAAAAUUCUUGCACAGCGUUCAAAUCUAUGACUCUUUACAUCGGAAUUGGGAUAUCACCACAAAUUUAAGGCCAAAUAGUGAAAUACACUGUCUUACUAUAGGCUGGGUUCAUUUCCUCUCCUUUAAGGAAUUACAAAUGGGUGAUACAUGCGUUUUACUUAUUCUUGUAUGUAGUGAUAAUGUUUUCUAA